AUGCACAGCAUAUUGACCGAUUUGGCUGCAGUUCUUGUCCAGAAUGUGGAGCACUGGUCAAAGCCAGAGCCAAUUCUUGAUGAGAAAAGCGGAAGAGUUGGGUACAAGGAGAAGGACGACAUCAGCUACGAUGUGUCCUACUCCAACAAGACCGUUUUUGCUUAUUUGAACUUCCGGAAGGAGGGCAAAGUCACAACUGCGCAAGUUCGCGACCAUGUUGGUAUCGAUUUGCUAUGCGGCAGGUUUUCGUUUGCAGACCUUCCCAACAACUAUCGAUGCAUUUUGGGCGUCACUGGCACCUUGAAUGAGCUCCGAACCAUUCCUGGCUUCGAGAAGCUUCUUCAGGACGAGUAUGGCUUCAAGCAUUUCACCGUUACCCCGUCCAUUUUCGGGGCAGGACGGCUCAUCUUCAACCCAGGAGAGCAUGUGCAGGUGCUGGAUGAGGAGGAGGACUGGUGCCUGUGCAUUGAAAGGCUGGUAGACGAGAAUACCAGGAAAGGAGAUUCGGUCCUGGUGUUUUUCAAGAACGAGGAAGCGAUGAGAAAGUACCGAGGUUGGGAAAACAUGGAGUGCUUGACGGAGCGCACGGAUCCCAAGCGCCGGAAGGGGUAUAUUGCAGCAGCUACGGCUGAAGGCAAGGUCACGUUGCUCACCAGGGCCUACGGCAGAGGAAUUGAUUUCCAAAUGCCAGAGAAACAUCGCCUGGUGGUGGUGCAGACGUACCUCUCAAGCUUGGUCAGUGAAGAGAAGCAGAUUAAAGGCCGGACUGCGCGGCAAGGCAAAUCAGGGCUCUUCCUUCAAGUCCUGUGCGCGCAACACUUGGAAGCCAAGAUGGCCUUCAGCAAGGAGGACGUGAACAACUUGCACAAUGUGAAUGGGCAGCAGAUUCAGACCAUGUUGAAAGCAAAGCAAUCUGCAAAGACCUCCGCAAAGGUGUUUGGCAUGAUUGAGCGGAGGAAUAAAGCGCGACAUCUUGAAGCGGAGACAAAGGAAUGGGAACGGCUCUUGUUCGGAGAUACAGAAUCGAGCGAGAAGCUGAAAAAGUUGGCGUCGUUCAACCAGGUCAUACAGCCCGCUCACUAUUCCGUUCUGCUUGACAUCUCUAGUUCAAUGCGGGGAACCAAUAAGGAGCAAAUGGACAUGGCCUUUGACAGAUUCCGAGAGCAGCUGUGUCAGCAAGAACAAGAGGGGUCCAACACCAUGGUGUCUGUGGUCCUCUUCAAUCACGACACCCAGGCUUUUGUAUUCAAACUCGAUGGAUGCAGGGAGAGGGGAGAGGGACUCUUUGCUGUUUGCUUCUCCCUGCAGGUGAUUACCCCAACGCACGCAAAGGCAUCCGAGUUGCAAGGUAUCGCUCAUCGUCAAGUGGGCGGACGGACCUGCUUCCGCAAAGCCUUUGCUGAAUGCCGAGCUCUGAUGAGUCGCCGCCCAAGAGCCCAGGAGCUGAUUUUGUUCCUGACUGAUGGCGGCGCCGACGUCCCCGAGUCAGAGCUCACAGCUUUGUUGGCAGAUCACGGCAGCAGGAUCAAGUGCUUGACCUGUGUUGCCCUUGGUGCACAGGCAGACACGAGGGUUUUGAAGCAAAUCGGCGCCAAGUUUCGGCAGCAGAACAUCAACUUCCGGCUGCGAGACGCUAACAGCCAGGAGACCCUGGUCACGGCCUUCGAGGAAGCAGCCGGUGGUCGCGCAAUCCAUUGCAAAUAG